GCUCCCAGCAUGGCUUCUCGCUGAAAGGGGAGCCCGCGACCGAUUUCCACCAAUUCCUCUCGUUUUUCUUUGGCUUUUCUUUCGAUUUUCAGUCGUUUCCAGUCGGCCUUCUGUACUUUUCACCCCCUAGAAUUAUGCUAUCGGAAUUGUUUUAAGUUUCCCGGUGUUUUUUAAAUGAAAGUGCGGGUUUUUGUGCGCGUGGUGUUCUUUCAAGUGUAAUAAAAGUGUUUUUGUUGGCGUUUCGAUGAAUUAUUUGUAUUUGACGCGACCUCAAAAAAUCGUGUCUAUGCUGUCAAUGGUGUUGGGGCAGUUUUUUGGAUAUAUUUUUGAGUAAUAAUAGAUAAAAGACACGCACAGAGAAAUCAUGGCCUUGGUUAUGCUACCCUCUGAUCUACCCUGGUGGGACUCUGUCAAAAAAUGCCUCAAAAAAAUUCUACAUCCUAAAAAUGCCCGCGAUGUCGCCCAGUCCAUGCAGAAAAUAUACGAAAUGUGUAGUGUGAGUUUGGACCCAGACGAAGAGACAGUGGAUCCAGAUCAGUUUGUUGGCUUUCUGGAUUUUAUUGAGCAAGAAAUGACGGAAAAAGAACGAGAUAACCUUCUCAAUCACACGUUACCAAACAUAGCUAAAAGAGCUUUGAGCAUAAAAGAUUUGAGGCCUAGAAACGGGUUCCAUUUCAGUUUACAACAGCAAGCCGAUUCAACAGAAAUAGAAUAUUCUUUUGCCGCAUCUCUCCUAGCAAACGCAUUUUUCUCCACUUUUCCCACAAGAACCCAAAAAAGCCACCCCACGUUACAGAAUUUCAAUUUCGCCAAUUUUUUCAAAAGUCUGAAGAACAACAACGCACAACAAGCAAAACUGCGAAGCAUUUUGCGGUAUUUCGAUUGGCUGGAAGAGGAUGACAACAUCGAGGGUAGUUACAGGGUGUUGAGACAAGUGAUGAGUAGUAAAGAAUGGCUGACCAUAGAUGAUUGGCUGGAGUGUAGCCUACCUUUGUGCCCUUUGCAAAUAAAACACGAGGGUAGACUCGAUAGGGCAGAUCCAGAGAAUUUGCAAGUGUGUUUUUGUAGUAGUAAGAUUGGUGGAAACGUUUUAGGAACAGGCUGUACACAGGAAUCUGUAACCUUUACUACAAUUCCGGAACUGUUGGUGAUGUUACUCAACGUAGAGGCUCUAGAAGACAACGAAGUAGUGACAAUUGACAGAGCCAGACAAAUCACUAGAAUUAAAGACUUCAAACGUAAAGCUACAGUGGAAAGCUUAGAAGAAAGCAAACAGAUGCAAGUGUGCUGUAUGGAUGCUGAAAACUACACCAAACUACCCAUCGGUCAAUACGAAGAAGACAAUAUCCUUAGGGAAUUGAACAAAUCUCUGCUCGGGUUCCAGCAGAAACAAGCUAGCCUAAAAGAUAACCAGAAUACCUCAAACGCCAACUCAACAACGUACAGUCAACGGCACAGGAGACUGUCUCCCAUUGGAGAGUCCAUCAGCUCAAAUCCAUCCGAGGGGAAUAGCACGAAUAUUCCCUUCAUAACUCAACAAUCAUGUAGUACCACAAGAACCGACUCACUGAUUUCACAAGACAGCGGGAUCAAUAACAACGGUAGCAAGCCCAUGUACCAACUGCACGUAGAACCCAGCAUAAGAAAGGACAAACCCUGUCCAGAAAGCAUAUUAAACAACAGAAGAGGAAGAUUUAUAGUGUUGGGUUCAUCUGGAGAAUGCUUGCCUGUCACUAGGAACAUCCAAACCCGAUUUUCAAGCUCCGAUUCUAGUGAGGAUGACUUCCAUAGUGCCAAAAGCAGUUUGGACGAUGGUAGUGGAGAUGAUAAUUACCACAAAAGAUACAGCAUAGACCUGGAAACGCCAGAAUUGAGGCACAAUUUUGCUCAAAGGCUGAGGGACGUACUGAAAACCAGGGAAGUACCGGAAGACUCGUUUAGUAGUUCCAGUUCCGGCGAGGAUUCCAGUUAUGCCGUGGGCAUAUCUGUCACUGGAUCGCAACUAGCAGACUGUGAUAUUAAAGUAAAACGGGGUGGAUCUACAGGAUUCGCAUUGAGAGAAGAAAGCCUAGACGAAGAUUUUCUACAAAAUUCGCUCAACAAGGAAAGAGCAUGGAUUGAUAAAUUUAAAAACAAACAAUCAUCAGCUCUGAGUAAAAAAGAAUCCAACAGGUCGUCUGAUUAUAGCUUUAGCACAGAUUACAGCUCGGAAUUGGAAGAAGUCUAUGAACAGUUCAAUCACUGGUUAGAGAACCCCAUAAUUGAGACGGAAAAAGGCACAAAAAAGGAUUUAGAUGGACGAGAUUUGGCAGUUGUGAGAUUUGCUGGGUCCUUACUUAAAAGAACACUCAGUGAGUCUUUUGCUGGUAUUCCGGUACCACUGACUGAGAAUUGUGACUCUUCUUCUGAGAAUAGAACGAAUUUCACAAAUUCUAAACAUAAACUGGUUCUCAAUGCCAAAUCUUUAAGCUUGGAAUUGGCUAGGCAAAAACACAAACUUGCUGCUCAACUAAGUUUAGAGUGUGGCACCCGUGCUCAGAAGACCGAAUCCUCUGCUUUACUAGGCCAAAGCUCUCUAACACAAACGCAUAACAAUCGAAAUAAGAUGUGGUUCGUGUCUUGCGUAACCGAGGCCAUAAUACAAACUCUAGAAGAUAUUAACUAUACCGUGUAUCUGCCCGUUGAACAGUCGAAGGUGUCAGACAUAUCAGAGAAGCCAAAAAACGGUACGAGAGCCAUCACGACGGGCAACUGGGGCUGCGGUACUUCCCGCAAAGGCGACGUCCAGCUUAAGGUGGUUAUACAGUGGAUGGCGGCUAGCGUUGCGGGGGCGCCAUCUCUAAUCUACUACACGUACAAGCACCAGCAGUUGGCCAAACUGGACACCGUGUGUCGCAUUUUGAUCGACAGGAAAUGGACUGUCAAGGAUUUGGCGGAAGCCACUUUGAAAUACUCGAAUCACGUUUUAAGAGGGAAGGAAUUGAGUGGUACCUUGUUCGAAGAACUGAUCUGUGCCGAGAGGAACGUGUCAUCAUAGCGAUAUUAAUUCCAAAACAACGAAAAAAAUGUAACAAGAUAAACGAAUGAUAUAUUUUAGAUACCCAUACAUAUUGUUGUAAAGUAUAUAAAAAAUAAUGCUUUAUUUUGUCAGUGUUAAGAUGGUACUCAGAGUACAAAAUGAAGAUGCUCAUGUAAAAAAUAAAAUUAAUUGAUGCCAAAUAUCACAGAAAACGUCGACUUUAUAUUUAUAAUAGUCUUCCAUUUGUAUAAAAUAAGAUUUGUAAAGGAUUGUUUACACCAUAUUAAGUAAAAAAGUAUUUAAAAAUAAAA